AUGUCCACGCCUUCCACGGCCACUGCUACCCAUCCUACUCAUCAGCACUACGGUUAUCCCCAUUCCUCAUACCAAGCCACGACCUCCUACCCAACCCCGACUACCGCCGCAGGGGCUCGCCUCGCGAAUCCCUACACCUACUCCAUUCCUUCGCCGACGACAGCCACCCUUCCCUACGCUCAACCCUCGCGAGUCGCUCCGGCGACAUCGACCCCAACGGUCAUGGCGUCGCACCAGAGCGGCUCCAGUGCGGCCCCAUCACAAGGUGGUCGGAGAAAGAAACCGGACUGGGGGGAAUUCUACAAGAAUGGCAUCCCCAAGGAGGUCAUUGUGAUUGACGAUAGUCCGGCUCCGGAGGCCUCCAAAACUGCGGCACCUCCUCCCAUUCCACCUCCUCAUGCUGUUGCCUCCGCUACCGGCCAGCCUCCAGUGGCACAACCGGCCGGGAAGAGGCGCCGCACGGGAAUCGAGACCGCGUACGACCUGGGGUACUAUGACCGACCGUCCUUUUCCAUCAAUCCCCAACAAUACGGCGAGGAAUCCUCCGCGCACUCCUUGUCAACCGAUCGGACAACUUCUCUACACACUACCGCCCCGACUUCCCUCGGGUCCCAAGGGAGUUCGGGCGUUAGUAACGGCGUGUACUAUGAAGACGCCACGGUGGGCCAAAAGCGCAAGCGGACCACCCGGAAAUCGACUCGAGAUGAACAGAAACGUCGAGAGCUGGAGAACGCGCCAGAGGCGUUCCCCAACUACGUUCCUCCUUCGAAACCCAUCAUCAAGGCCAAGGAUGUUCCUGUGCCUGUGAUUCGCGAUUUCACGAGCGGUCGUCACGAAAAGUUCGACGAUGACGAUGGUCACUACAUUGUGACCCCGGACACUCCUCUUACGGAACGAUACUCUAUCAUCAAACUUCUCGGUCAGGGCACUUUUGGCAAGGUUGUGGAAGCAUUUGACAAGCAGCGGAAGGCUCGAUGUGCUGUCAAGAUCAUCCGUUCCAUCCAAAAGUACCGAGAUGCGUCGCGCAUCGAGUUACGCGUGUUGUCCACCCUGGCCUCGAACGACAAGGCCAACCGCAACAAGUGUAUUCACCUUCGGGAUUGUUUCGAUUUCCGAAACCAUAUCUGCAUCGUGACCGAUUUACUAGGACAGAGUGUGUUUGAUUUCCUUAAGGGCAACGGGUUUGUGCCUUUUCCCAGCAGUCAAAUCCAGAACUUUGCACGUCAACUAUUCACCAGCGUGGCCUUCCUCCACGAUCUCAACCUCAUCCAUACCGAUCUCAAACCUGAAAACAUCCUCCUCGUCAGCAGUGCCUAUCAAACCUUCACCUAUAACCGCACCAUCCCUUCCUCCUCCCAUGCAAACCCCCGCAAUGCGCGCCAGCGACGAGUCCUCCUUGACAGUGAGAUUCGCCUCAUCGACUUUGGCUCUGCCACCUUCGAUGACGAAUACCACUCUUCGGUCGUGUCCACACGCCACUAUCGGGCACCAGAGAUUAUCCUCAACCUGGGCUGGAGUUUCCCCUGUGAUAUCUGGAGUAUUGGGUGUAUCCUGGUAGAGUUCUUUACCGGUGAUGCUCUCUUCCAGACCCACGACAAUCUUGAGCACCUGGCCAUGAUGGAGGCAGUCAUUGGGUCUCGCAUUGAUUCCCGUCUAGUUCGUCAGGUAGUGCAGGGCCGUGCUGGUAGCCAUAACUCUGCUGCCAAGUACUUCAACCGGAACAAGCUGGACUAUCCCAACAAUGAAACCACUCGGGCAUCACGCAAGUAUGUUCGUCUCAUGAAGGGGCUUACUGAGUUCAUUCCGAUCAAUACACCUUUCAACCGUGCAUUCCUGGAUCUUCUACAGAAGAUCUUUGUCUACGACCCCAAGCAGCGGAUAACUGCUAAGCAAGCCUUGAAGCACCCCUGGUUCAAGGAGAGUCUCAUUGACGACGGUACCGAAGCAUAUCGAAUCGGCAUGGGCCUUCAUCGCCAAGCCGGAGCGAGGUAA